AUGCCGUCUUGUAGUACAAGAAAUUCCGCGGCUCCAAGUAUCAAGUUUAUACCACGCGUUCUCACGCUGCUAGCAAUAUGCACGUUGGUGUUUGGUCUGCCUUCAAAAAUGAUAUCAUUUGCCUCCCAAGAAUCUCUACACAGAAUAAACAGUCUUCUUCGAAGCCCUGCUAAUCGGGAGGUCGAUAAAUUCGGAACAUUUUUGAACCCAAACAAAGGCGAAGAUGGCAAGGAUAAAGAUCACCACAACAUUGAUAUCGAUCCCUUGCUUCGAAGCCCCUCUUUAACGCCAGAUCAUCAACUCCUAAAGAUUGGUUUACACGGCGCCAUAAGUUCUGAUUUAGAGAUCUGUAGCAACUUGACCAUAAACGAAGUCUUGUUGAAAUUCCCCGGCUCCAACGCUGCAGAUGCUGCAGUGACGCAGGCUCUUUGUAAAGGCAUGGUAAACUUCUUUAAUAGUGGCAUUGGUGGUGGUGGUUAUGUGGUGUUUUCUGGUAAAAGCGAUGACGACCAUUUGUCUAUUGAUUUUAGAGAAAAGGCACCUGCGGGCUCGCAUAAACACAUGUUUGAAAACUGUUCAUUGUGCUCAAAGAUAGGAGGUCUAGCAGUAGGUGUUCCAGGAGAACUUAUGGGUUUAUACCGUCUAUAUGAAGAAAGAGGUAGUGGCCAAGUCGGAUGGUAUGACUUAAUUGAACCAGUGGCGAAAUUAGGAAGCGGGGGUUGGCAGAUAGAUGAAGUCCUCGGUGCCAGUUUACGGCUAUAUGAGGACGUUUUCUUAACAUUGAAGGAGGAUUGGUCAUUUGUACUGAACUCUACCCAAAACGGCGUUUUGAAAAAAGGCGAUUGGAUCAAGAGACCAAUGCUAGCGAACAUGUUAAUGGAACUGGCCCAUAAUGGUUCUGUAACGCCAUUUUAUGAUCCCAACCACUGGAUUGCUAAAUCGAUGGUUAGUACGAUAGAGAAAUACAACGGAAUAAUGAACUUGGAUGAUGUUGCAUCAUAUGACGUUCACGUUACAAAACCACUGUCCACGCAAAUCCGGAAGGGUGUAAACUAUAUUCCUGACAACGACAUGACCGUACUAACAAGUAGUGGUUCGAGCUCUGGUGCAGCACUACUUUCAGCAUUAAAGAUAAUGGAUAAUUUCCAUAACCAAGAAGGUGGCGAUUAUGUCGAAGAAAACACCUAUCAAUUGCUUGAAAGCAUGAAAUGGAUGGCCAGUGCACGGAGCAGGCUGGGAGAUUAUGAAGGGGAAACGCUGCCCAAACAUAUCAAAGAGGUGUUGGACCCGGAAUGGGCUCUCAAAGCUGUGGAAAGCAUCAGGAGCAACUCCCUAGACGGCAAGUUCAAGACGUUGGAGAACUGGACACUUUACGAUCCAGCAUACGAGAUCAAUAACCCACACGGAACCGCACACUUCAGUAUAGUGGACUCUCAGGGCAAUGCUGUUUCGCUGACGACGACAGUCAAUCUGUUGUUUGGCUCCUUAGUACAUGACCCUAAAACUGGGGUCAUUUUCAACAACGAAAUGGACGAUUUUGCUCAGUUUAACACUUCCAACAGUUUUGAACUAGCACCCUCCAUAUACAAUUUCCCGGAACCGGGGAAGAGGCCCUUAUCCUCUACGGCACCCACCAUUGUUCUAUCGGAACUGGGUAUCCCAGAUCUCGUGGUGGGCGCCUCCGGUGGUUCAAGAAUCACUACGAGUGUUUUACAGGCCAUUGUAAGGACCUACUGGUACAAAAUGCCUAUACUAGAAACAGUGGCGUACCCACGCAUGCAUCAUCAACUGCUGCCGGACCACGUCGAGGUGGAAAGCUUCCCCAUGGUGGGCAAAUCUACUCUACGUACUUUGAAAGAGAUGGGGUAUACGAUGAAAGAAGUCUUCCCCAAGAGUGUUGUCAACGCAAUCCGAAACGUUAGGGGAGAGUGGCAUGCAGUGAGCGAUUAUUGGAGGAAAAGAGGAAUCUCCUCCGUAUACUAA